GAGAAAAUAGUGGCCUAAAACAUUUGUUAGUUUCAGAUUAUGAAAUAUUCCAAAUUCAAAGUAAUAAACGCAUUUCUUAAAAUGGUAAAAUGCGUCAAAAUCCGCCUUAGACACAUAAUUAUAUGUGUUCAACAGUUACCAUUCUUUCAUUAUUCUUUCCUUCUUUGACUGGUUUCACCAUACCAUCGACUUUUAUUACGUUUUACCUAUGUAGGUACUCGCGGUCUUCUCAGUUUUCUUCACCAGACUCACGCAGUUUGUAAAAGUUGCUAGACGCUAUCAGAUUUUCCGCAAACGCGACCAGUUCGCCCCUAUUCUCACGAAUAUUUCACGUUAAUAAGUGAAUUGAAAUUGUAAUUCGUUUACACAAUUUUGCAAACACGGUUUUGUGUAUAGUCGGUGUAGUUUUAAACGUAUCUAAUCAAAAAUGUCCCUGAUCGCCAAAAUUAAUGGAAUAAGGAUAAAUGGCACCGGAAAUUGCCAACAGAAUGGAUUCAAUAAUGGGAAUGAAUUUGAUCUACUAAAGAAAGAUUACGACGACGGAUUCUCUUCAACAAAUGGCACAGUGGACACUGCUUUCAAACUGAUAAAACCAAAUACAACUGGUUUUCAUAUAUGGAAAAUCGAGAGUACCAAAGUGGUGUCUUUACCAAAAGACCAAUACGGAAUAUUCUACGAUACAAACGCCUACAUUGUUUACGCUGCUUCAGAGUAUGGACAACGUUGUGGCACUGAUUCUGUGGACCGAGAAGUCCAUAAAGGGACCAUAGAAUGUCACAUUCAUUUUUGGCUGGGCGUUUCCGCCACAUCGGAGAAGUCAGGAAUUGCUGCAUACAAAACUGUAGAACUUGACGCCUUUAUUGGAGGAAUUUCAACCCAGCACAGAGAAUUUCAAGAACAUGAAAGCCCCAGAUUUAAAAGUUACUUUAAAAAUGGUAUGCGAAUUUUGAAACACCCAUACGAAGGAGAAUUAAAUCAAAAUUCGGACACGAGACUAUUCAAAAUCAAAUGUAACGCUUUGAUAGAACUUGAACGAGUAUCGUGGGAUCUGAUGAAUAGCGAAACAGUUUAUGCUCUGAAUACCGUCAAUCAUUUAUUCUUAUGGAUAGGAAGAUCCUCCAACGCCGUUGACAAAAUUCACAGCAUCAAGAUCGCUAACCAGUUACGCACAGAAAAAAAAUGUUACCACAUCGUAUUUGUGGACGACGGUUACGAACAAACUCUGGACGAAAAGGUCAAAGGUGACUUCAAUAAGCACUUACCCCUUAGCAAAAGAACUGUUCAACCACACGAGCCCGCAGAAUGUAAGGAUAAAGAUAAAACGCACGCUAAACAUCCUCUGCGGACGUACAAAUGCACGGAUAAUAAUGGAAGAUACAGGGUGGCCGAAGUUAAAACGGGACCAUUGAACCAAAGCGAUCUUGAUACAAAUGAUGUCUACAUACUAGACCAUGGACGGUAUGGAAUCUGGGUAUGGGUCGGUAAGAAAGCAAAGGAACGGGAAAAGGCAGAGGCACUUAGAAAUGCACGGGGAUUCGUAAAGAAAAAGAACUACCCUAAUUACACAAGGGUCACUAGGGUUCUAGAUGGAAACGAACCGUCUGAAUUCAAAUUUUUGUUUUCCCAGUGGAGAGAUAAAAAUGAUCACACAGAAAAGACAAUGACAAAAUUAAUUGGGACCAAUGUGGAUGUCGAUUUACUACAAGAGAGGACAUCAUUGGCCGCGGAAUGUCAGCUUUUAGAUGACGGCGCUGGGACCAUAAAAGCAUGGAGAGUGAAGAAACGCGAUUUAGUGCAAAUAACCAAAGAAAACCAAGGAAUAUUCGUUUCAGACGGUGCAUACAUUGUCGUUUAUGCAUACAAUAACAAACGGAGGGGUUGCAAGGACUUAAUCAUCUAUACGUGGAUGGGUAAUGAGGCAAACCAGGAAGACAUAGAAGGGGCUUUUAUAAAUAAAGACGAAAUAAAUAGGGAAUUGGGAGGAUCAGCUGUCUUGGUAACCAUUACAGAAAAUAAUGAGCCACCUCAUUUUCUGCAAAUAUUUCAAGGAAAGAUGUUAAUACUCAAAACACCCAGCGCUAACGGUGACGGUCGAUCCAGUCCAUUAUGUAACACAUACUUAUUACAAGUAUUUGGAUCUACCAAAUACACAAGCAAAGCUGUCCAAGUACCGAUGGCAUCAAGUUCUUUGGAUUCAAAUUAUUGUUACAUACUAAAGCAACUCAAAAACGUUUAUAUUUGGUGUGGAAUUUAUUCCACAGGCGAUCAGAGAGAAAUGGCCAAGGGUUUUGCCGGUAAAAGUUUCGAAAUUGUUCUUGAAAAAAAAGAAACAGAAACUUUCUGGGAAAUACUGGGUGGAUCAAGUCUUUACAAAACCGAAAAAAUAUCAACCGAUGUAUAUUCUUGUAGACCCGCAAAGUUAUAUCGAUGUUAUUGGGAUUCUUUGCCACUUAAAGCUGAAGAAAUUUUCAACUUUACUCAGUCUGAUUUAUUGUCAGAACACGUACUGUUAUUAGACGCGUACUCUGCGGUCUUCCUGUGGCUUGGAAAAUUGAGCAGUAAAAGAAAAGAUACAUUUUAUAUGAAAAACAUCUUAGAACAUCUAAAGCAGGAAGGAACUUACAGAAAUAUAAACAUUCCAAUAAUUCAAGUCUUACAGGGAAACGAGCCAAUUAUUUUUACGGGAUUUUUCAAAACUUGGAAUGAUUCUUUUUGGGAUGAAUACAAAGGAUUCGAUAAACUAAGAGAGGAAAUAGAAUCAGAUGAAAAAAGUCCACAAAAACCAAAAUUAUCACCCAGGGCACCAUCAGACAAAAAAUUUGAUCAAUAUCCAAAAUACUCUGUCGAAACACUAAAAUUACCAAACGAGAAAAUUCCAGAUGACGUAGAUUUAUCAAGAAAAGAGCUUCAUUUGACCCAUGAUGAUUUCGUUGAAAUAUUCAGAAUGAAUUACGAUAAUUUUUCAUCGCUGCCAAAGUGGAAGCAACAAGAGUUAAAAAAGGGAGUUGGAUUAUUUUAAAUGUAAUUUUUACUUAUUUAUAACCGAAAAACACACACCUAUAUUUAACUUAAAAGUAUUAACUACCUGUUAAGAAUUAUGAAGCAAAACAAACAUGUUUUUUUUAUAACUUCACAAAAAAUAUUUAAUAAAUAAAAACACAUGCAAACACAACGGAA